GGCACAGUCACGGGACGAAACUGCAACUUUAGGCUUAUAAGAGCUAACCUCCAUUUCUUUGGAAGCUUGCAAAUAUAGUAACUCCAAUUCUUUCCUUCCUUCUCUCUUCUUCUCAUCUUCUACAGUCUCAAAUUUCUCUACUUUCGACAUCAUCAUGCCUAAUAACUUCAACCCUCCUUCUUCGUCUGUGAUUUCAUCUCUUGGCUAUCAUGAUGAGGUGCCUGACUCCAAAUCUAUAUGGGUUCUUGUUUCAAUCAACAAGUACAUUCUUGAAGCCAUAAAGAAUGCCAGGAGUGGCCUUAAACUGAGAUGCAGCUCUAGAUUGAGGGUUCAAAAGCAGGAGUUCUUUGAAUUCUCAGAGCAGCAAGUCCUGUCAAAUCUGUACUGGGGUAUUGACGCCAUUGAAGCUGCAAUUCAGACCCAAGAGCCUGAAGAGAGAUGCUUUCGGCUUAGCAACACGGAACAGAUGCUUCAGGUCCCAGCCAUGCUUGAUGAAGAAGGCGUCACAGCCACAAUCCCAAAUCGUUACUUGGUGUGUUGCUCAUACUUUUGCCUCUCAGUGGUUCAGAAACUCCAAGGAGAUGAGUGGCAAGCAGCCCUGCAUUUUCUGCAAGCAGUGCUUGUCUCUCCAAAGCUUGUUUGCGCAGAAUUUGCACCAAAGCUUUGUGAGACUCUUUUCCCUUUGGAAGGAUGUGCCAGUACGAGUAGGGAAUCUGAUUCUACAAAGAAUACCGAAGAGGAGAUCAAUACAGCUAUAAGGGAGAUGGCAAGGAAAUACAAGGAAUGUUUGAUGUAUUAUAGGGUCAUGUUUUAUGCAGAGACUCCAUGGUGGCGCAGGUAUUGCGGAGAACAAUCAGUACAUUCCUUGAUUGAACCAAAUACCAGCCGUGUAUCUUCUUAUAAAGUUCAAGAUGCAUCUAGAUUGCGAACUUGCAAUACGUUUUGUGGCGUAAAUACAAUGCAGCAUAAGAAAGUGCAUCCACUUGAUCUUCAAGAAGAUAUGACACCAGUUAUGACAGACGAAGUAAAUGGAUUCAUGGAUAUUGCUAAAAGUAAUGAUCAUAGGAAAGCCUCAGCUCAUCUUCACAGCAAAAAACAUCAAAGAAUUUCAAGCAUUGAAUGCUUCAAGGAUAUGUUGACAGAAGCCCAAUCUAGCGUCCCAACUUCUGUAGAUUCUUGCUAUGAGGACUUUAGAGACAAAAGGAAUUUGGUAAAUUUUGAUGACAGUAAAUAUCACAUCAGAACCAACACGACAAAUGAAGAUGAUCCACCGCCAGAAACAUCUGACUGGAAGCUAUAUCAAUGCUCCAGUUGGCAUCAGGAACCUCAAAAUCUGGUGCAUGAACAGUUAGACCAAAGAAGCAUGGUUAGCAUUGACUCGAGAAGAUUCACCACUUCCAUGAGAGACAUUGCUUCAACCAUCUCAAAGUACAUAGAUAGAGAAAGCAAUUAUAAUAUUGAUGAUGAACUAAUUGAAGAAGCUUUGCAGCUCCAAAAAUCACAUCUCUGUGAUCCGAUAGCAUUAAUGUCUUCCCACAAACGCAGGAUCAACCAAAUGAAUCAUGCAGAAAGUUCUGAAGGAAAAUUGCCAAGAUCAUCAGAUCCAGGAAGCCUGAUGGAAGUAAGUUCACACUCCAGAAGAUACUUCAUCAGUGAUCUAGCUGGACCAGUUGAAAUAAAAAGCUCAGUUUUUCAUCAUUCAGAUAUUGCAUCCAUUUAUGAGAUUUUGUCUAGUUCAUCUUGUAGCACGUAUGCUUUCUUAAAGGAUGUUAUUUUGGAUGAACUGUUAAUGGCUAUCUCUACCUCCAAAGAGGAAAGAGAAAUAAGGGCAUCGGUUUCUAUGCUAACAACUAUUAUUUCAAGGAACAAGUCGAUCAUAGAAGACAUCAAGAAGAAAGGUUUGAAGUUGUAUGAUCUGGCAAGCGCUUUAAAACAAAAUGUUCAGGAGGCUGCAAUUCUCAUAUAUUUAAUAAACCCAUCUCCCAUCGAUAUUAAAACACUGGAACUUCUGCCAACUCUGAUGGAGAUUGUGUGCACUUCCCGUAGUUACAAGGGUAAGCCAGAGUCACUUCUGCUAACGCCUCAUGCAGCAUCCUUGAUGAUCAUUGAAGAAUUAGUAACUUCAUUUGAUUAUGCCACAAAUAACAUGCACUUGGCUGCUAUCAGUUCUCCUCAUGUUCUCAGUGGACUCCUUGAAGUUGUGAGAAAUGAUAAUCUGAAAGAGGUUUUCUCUUUGAUCAUCAUUCUUAUAAAAUGUAUGCAGUUUGAUUCACAGUGCAGAGAGUACAUAUCACAGUCCACUCCUCUUGCCCCUUUUAUUCAACUCCUCAAGACAGACAGCAACCGUGCCAAACACAUGGCACUCGAAUUUCUUCAUGAAAUCCUUUGCAUACCUCGGUCUUCAGCUGUUAGUCUGUUGCAGCGGAUGCAAAAGGAAGGAGGUUCCAAUGUUAUUCAGAUACUGACGUUGUGUGUCCAUCAAUUACAAGCUGAUCACCAACUCUUAGCUGCAAACAUAUUGCUUCAGUUAGAUGCGUUGAACUCUACCAGCAAAAGUGAGUUCAGGGAGGAAGUAGUUCAGGUCCUGCUCAGGGGAUUGGCAUCUGAAGAAAGCUCAGAGCAGUUAUUAUCUGCAUCAAUUAUAUCAAAUCUUGCUGGAACAUAUGCUUGGAACGGGGAACCAUAUACAGCAGCAUGGCUGCUGAAAAAGACUGGUUUGACCUCUCCAUAUCCCCAGAAUAUGAUACGAAACUUCAACUGGUUGGAUCAAAGCCUGCAGGAUACUAGCACAGAUUUAUGGUGUAAUAAGAUUGCCAAAUAUAUCAUAAGCAUUGGAGAUUCAAUCUUCCUUGCUUUAGAGAAGGGGCUGAGAAGCAAAAUAAAAAGACUUUCAAGAGACUGCCUUGUGGCAAUUGCAUGGCUUGGGUGUCAGAUAUCAAAAUGCCCAGAUAGCAUAAGAUAUUCUGCAUGUGAGAUAUUACUAAGUGAAAUUGAGCAAUUCUUACAUCCUGGGGUGGAGCUGGAAGAAAGACUUUUAGCGUGCCUGUGCAUCUAUAACUAUACAUCUGGCAAAGGAAUGCAAAAACUUAUUCAUUUCUCUGAAAGUGUGAAGGAAUCACUACGCCGCCUUUCAAGUGUAACCUGGAUGGCUGAGGAAUUGCAUAGAGUAGCUGAUUACUUGCUACCAAACAUAUCACGUAUUUCUUGUGUUCACUCUCAAAUCCUUGAGGUUGGUCACAACUUCAGUGCAGCUGUUUGCUCCCUCAUAUUUUACAAGGGACUGCUGUUCAGUGGAUAUUCAGAUGGAUCAAUCAAGGUUUGGGAUAUCAGGGGGCAAUCAGCCACUCUUGUAUGGGACAUUAAGGAGCACAAGAAGUCAGUCACAUGCUUUUCACUUCUUGAACCGUCAGACAGCCUCUUAAGUGGAUCUACUGAUAAAACCAUAAGGGUCUGGAAAAUGAUCGAUAGGAAGUUGCAAUGCAUUGAAGUGAUUGUCUUCAAGGAACCAAUUCAUCAUUUACAUGCACAUGGACAAAUGAUUUUUGCUAUUACUCAGGGCCAGGGAAUCAAGUUAGUGAACGAAUCAAGAGAAGUAAAAAAUAUUUUUAAGGGUAAGCAUGUAAAGUGCAUGGCAGUGACUCAAGGAAGGUUUUAUGGUGGGUGUACAGAUUCAAGUAUACAGGAGUAUUCCACAACAUACAAUCGGGAACUAGAAAUCAAAGCACCAAUAAGAAGUUGGAGGAAACAAAACAAACCCAUUAAUUCAGUUGUUGCAUAUAGAGAUUGGCUUUAUAGUGCAAGCAGGCACGUUGAAGGCUCAACAUCCCAGGAAUGGAAGAGAAAUGGGAAACCUCAAGUUUCCAUUUUUACUGGCAAAGGAGAUAGUGUUAUUGCCAUGGAAGUAGUGGAGGACUUUGUAUACGUCAUCACCAGCUCAUUAACAAAUAACAUUCAGAUAUGGUUGAGAAGGACCCAGAAAAAAGUAGGAAGAAUAUCAGCUGGAAGCAAGAUAACCAGUCUCCUCUCUGCCAAUGACAUUAUUCUUUGUGGUACUGAGAUGGGACUAAUCAAGUUCCUCAUUAACAGGGUUGGAUCCCUCUGUAGGGAGAGCUUCAAUUUACUAUCACUGCAUGUUUAUCAUUCAAACUUUUAACUCUUUUGGCAAGUACUUCAGCAAAAUACAGACGGCAGGCACAGAUUACACGAGUUUUUAUUAUAAAUCUGUAAUUAAAUCAGAGUGAAUACUAUAGUGAAAAGAAGAGUGUCUUUUUGUACAGGAAAUAGUAAAUGGUGUAAGUAGUAGUAAAUAUUUGUAUUCCCUUCUGCUCUCACUUUCAGUUCUAGAAUCAGCUUAAGAUGCUGAAUUAAGCAAAGCAAAGCUGCCUGUAUGUGGAUUUAUUGAACCAGAAUCUGUCCUGUAAAGAAGACAUCAACUGCUCGGAAAUAUUAUGCAAUUUUGUUCA